AAACAGACCAAAGGUGAGACGCCUUGCGGCUCCAGACCGGGCCUGGUCAGCUGGACGGGUGCACAAUGAGGCUGCUGGUCUUCCUGGGCGUGCUGUGGGGCUCAGCAGCCACACUCCCCGGCCCACAGUGGCCUGAGCCCGUGUUCGGGCGCCUGGCAUCGCCUGGCUUCCCCGGGGAGUACGCCAACAACCAGGAGCAGCGCUGGACCCUGACGGCACCCCCCGGCUACCGCCUGCGCCUCUACUUCACCCACUUCCACCUGGAGCUCUCCUACCUCUGCGAGUACGACUAUGUCAAGCUGAGCUCAGGGAGCAAGGUGCUGGCCACGCUGUGCGGGCAGGAGAACACGGACACGGAGCGCGCCCCCGGCAAUGACACCUUCUACUCGCCGGCCUCCAGCCUGGACGUCACCUUCCGCUCCGACUACUCCAACGAGAAGCCGUUCACGGGCUUUGAGGCCUUCUAUGCAGCAGAGGACAUCGAUGAGUGCCAGGUGCCCCCGGGACAGGCACCUCCCUGUGACCACCACUGCCACAACCACCUGGGUGGCUUCUAUUGCUCCUGCCGCAGGGGCUACGUCCUCCACAGGAACAAGCACACCUGCUCAGCCCUGUGUUCAGGUCAGGUCUUCACCGACCGGUCGGGGGUUCUCAGCAGCCCUGAAUACCCGCAGCCGUACCCCAAACUCUCAAGUUGCACCUAUGGCAUGCAGCUGGAGGAGGGGUUCAGCAUCCUGGACUUUGUGGGGUCCUUUGAUGUGGAGACACACCCGGACACCCAGUGCCCCUACGAUACCCUCAAGAUUCAAACCAACAAAGAGGAAUAUGGCCCAUUUUGUGGGACAACGUUGCCCCCUAGGAUUGAAACUAAAAGCAAUGCCGUGACCAUCACCUUUGUCACUGAUCAGUCGGGGGACCACACAGGUUGGAAGAUCCGCUACACCAGCACAGCUCAUCCCUGCCCUGGUCCGGUGGCGCCACCUAAUGGCCAUGUCGCGCCGGUGCAAGCCGAGUACAUCCUGAAGGAUCGCUUCGCCGUCUUUUGCGAGACCGGUUAUGAGCUUCUCCAGGGUGAUUUGCCCCUGAAAUCAUUUGCUGCAGUCUGUCAGAAAGAUGGAUCUUGGGACCAGCCGAUGCCCAAGUGCAGCAUUGGCCGUGGCCCUCCUGAUGACCUACCCAGCGGCCACGUGGAGUACACCACAGGCCCUGAAGUGACCACGUACAAAGCGGUGAUUCAGUACCACUGUAAUGAGAUCUUCUACACAAUGACACCUGAUGACGGGAAGCAUGUGUGUGAGGCUGAUGGAUUCUGGACGCGCUCCAAAGGAGAAACAUCACUCCCAGUCUGUGAGCCUGUUUGUGGAAUAUCAACUCGUACCAUAGGAGGUCAUAUAUAUGGAGGGCAGAAGGCAAAGCUUGGUAAUUUCCCCUGGCAAGUCCUGUUAUUAGGCCAAGCUACAGCAGCAGGUGCACUCCUGCCGGACAGCUGGAUCCUAACAGCUGCUCACGCUGUAUACGUGCAGAAAGCUGCCUCCUCCUUAGACAUCAGAAUGGGUACCCUGGAGAGACUGUCAGCUCAUUACAUACAAGCCUGGGCCGAAGCCAUUUUUAUACAUGAAGGUUAUACUCACGAUGCUGGUUUUGAUAACGACAUAGCACUGAUUAAAUUGAAGAACAGAGUUGUAAUCAAUAGUAAUCCUGCCUGUUUGCCAGGAAAGGAAGCUGAAUCCUUCAUGAGGACAAAUGACAUUGGAAGCGCAUCUGGAUGGGGAUUAACCCAGAGGGGUUUUCUUGCCAGAAAUCUAAUGUUUGUUGACAUACUUGUCGACCAUCAGAAAUGUACUGCUGCGUAUGAGAAGCACUCCUAUCCAGGGGGAAGGGUAACGGAGAACAUGUUUUGUGCUGGCUUAGACGGUGGGGGCAAGGACAGUUGUAAAGGGGACAGUGGGGGGGCGUUAGUGUUUCUAGGUAAUGAACAGAGAUGGUUUGUGAGAGGAAUAGUGUCCUGGGGUUCCAUUAAUUGUGGGGAAGCAAAUCAGUAUGGAGUCUACACCAAAGUUAUUAACUAUAUUCCCUGGAUCAAGAACAUAAUUAACAAUUUUUAA